AUGAAUGCCACACUACAACAACAUCCAGUUGAAAUAUCUACUAUUGACCAUAAAACAUGUCCGAGAAAACGAUUUUAUUUUGAAGAUGAACCUUCUCAUAAUGUGAAUAAGCGAGUUAAGACUCCUCCUCACUUGGUUAACAGUUUUCCUUCAUCGACACUGCGUCUUUCAACCUUCCAUUCUUGUAGUCAUGAUAGAAAACUAUUACCAUUAUUUCAGUCUAGUAAAACUGAUCUCAAAGAGAACAAAAACAUUCUGGAACCAGAAUCCAAUUCAGAAAUGUCUCGUAUAAUCGAUCUUUCCACAGGCGAGUCCUUGGAAUCAAUUUCAAAUACGGAACAUCAAGAGCGGCAAAGAUUAAAACGCCCAUUAGAAUUAGUUGAAAAUGAUUAUAAAAACUCAUCUUCAGUUGAGAGUUUAAACUUUGAAGAAGGUAAUUUCCUUGCUGCUAUGGGAGAAACUACCGUCGGUAAUAUUUAUAAAAGAUCUCGAACUUCGGAAAAACCAACGGUAAAUUACAUUGAAGAUGUUGAAGAUACAGAAUUAAUCGAUCAUACCGUUGGUGCCAUUCAAGAAUUUAAAAACGAUGUCAUCACUUGUCAUCCAAUUCCUGAUUUUUCUAGUACUUCAAAAGUCGCUAUUGAUCCAGCCAAAUCCUUGCCAUUGGUAGUAAGAGAGAAAAUUCCAAGAAAAAUCGAAUUUACUGUGCAAUACCAAGAAGCGUUCAAUAAGUAUAUGCGGUCACAAUUGGAUGGUGUAAAAGAUGAUGAAUAUAAUGUUCGUGGAAAAGAAAUGAUUUUGUAUCUUCGAAAUAAUGAUGAAUAUAUCAUUAAAGAUGGCAAUUUUGACGAUUUUACGGCAGAUUCUGAAGGAAAGAUUUUCGAAAUUGAUGAUAAAAUUGAAGAGAAUGAUAUUCAAAUGAUGGAUACAGACGAGACUAAUGCAUGCGACACAGGAGUCAGACUUUUGUUUAAUGAGAGCAAUCAAAGUCUAAAUGAGGACGAUAAUAUGGACAUUGAUGAAUAA